GCGCGGCCCCUGCGGGAGCUUUUAAAUGCGUCUAGAAUCGCGACCGGCUGCUUCCUGCUGCGAUGUUCUUGGUGCUGGCAUCUUGCCUUUCCCUUGUUUCCUGGCCUCCUGACCUGCUGUAGAUGUUAUUGAGCGGUCGUGAGGAGCACGGAUCCUUAUGUUCUGGGGUCUCCGUGAUAUCACGGUUUCAUCAGCUUUUGAGAUUGGUGGCCAGCUUCCCCGCGCUUGCGGUCCCCGGUUUUCAGAGUGGUCUUGUUGAAUUUCUAUACCAACAGCACUGCCAUUUUCACAGUAUUGAAAAGCUAUUGCUGUUUCUUCACUCACUGACCUGCAAGCUCUGGUAAUUUAGAAGAAAUAUGAGUUGCUUCUGAGUGUUCUGGCUUUGUUAAAUAAAUAGAUUCUCUUCAUAGAGUGCUAACAAAUGGAUCGCCAUGAUACUUCUGGGUUUGUUAGUGGAGGAUGCAAGGACACGAAGGGGCUGCUAACAAGCAUAUAUUUCUAACUAUUUCAUUGCAUUAUGUAACCUAGAAGUGAUGCUGACUGUACUUUCCCGAAAAAGAUCAGUCUAAUUUGGUGGUAUUCUCUGCUACUAGCAGCAAUGGAUCAUACGCUUGAACACUUAGGGUAUACCAGAAAAUCUUCGAAUUCAGACACCCUAGGAACCUGGACCACUCUUAGACCAGUAGUCAUGGAACCAAGAGGUUGUCCUACACAAGUUGAUGUGCUUUCUCAAGACAGCACUUAUAUUAUAUCAAAAGGGAUCAAGCGGAAGUGGGUUGACUUGUCACUUGGCCUAGGUAACUCCUCAAGUUCCUCUGACUCCAGCAAGCAGAGCAUGGGUACAUGCUGCACCUUGUCUUCUGCUGCAAAGGAUAAGGAUGAUGGAUCAUCUAUUGACUUGGACCUAAAUUUUCAGUUCAGUCUGUGUAAUGAAGGCACAUCAAAAUUGGGCACGAAUGCUUUUAAUGCUAGGAGAGCUUUGGAGAAGCAGCCUGUGAUGGACCUUAAGUUAUCUUUGACAGUCGGACCUUCUGAAUCUGUUGUUACUGAUGUGGACCUUAAUAUGGCCACCCAAGAUAACACAGUAUUGCUACAAUCAUGCAAUGUGGCUUCAGUUCCAUCUGUUGAUGAAGGAUCAACAUCUGCACGCAGGAAAUCUGGUGGUAAGCUACUUCCUUACCUGUUACCAGUUGGUUCCAAUCAAUUCCACAGUCCUAUUCCACUGCAACCGACGAUACAACUGCCAAAAAGUCCAGUAGCUUGUUCUUCAGGAGUUGUCGGCCCACAACAGCGCUGUAGUAGCACAAAAACUUGUUCAGAACCAGGAUGCUUUAAAGGUGCUCGCGGUUCAUCCGGGCGCUGCAUUUCACAUGGCGGUGGUAGAAGAUGCCAGAGAGAGGGUUGCAAGAGAGGGGCUGAGGGAAAAACUAUCUUCUGUAAAGCUCAUGGAGGUGGUAGGCGCUGUGAGCAUCUUGGAUGCACAAAGAGUGCCGAGGGUCGCACUGAUUUCUGCAUAGCUCAUGGAGGUGGCCGCCGCUGCAGCAAUGAAGGGUGCAAAAAGGCUGCAAGAGGAAAAUCUGGCCUUUGUAUUAAACAUGGUGGGGGAAAGAGAUGCCAAAAAGAGAACUGCACAAAGAGUGCGGAGGGACAGUCUGGCUUUUGCAUUGCUCAUGGAGGUGGGAGGCGCUGCAAACAUGAAGGUUGCACAAAAGGUGCUCAGGGCAGCACUAGUUUCUGCAAAUCCCAUGGUGGUGGUAAGAGAUGCACAUAUCCAAAUUGCAGCAAGGGUGCUGAGGGCAGUACGCUCUUCUGCAAGGGCCAUGGAGGAGGGAAACGCUGUGCAGCUGAAGGCUGCCCAAAGAGUGUCCACGGUGGCACUGAGUUCUGUGUUGCCCAUGGAGGUGGAAAGCGAUGUGUGGUACCAGGAUGCACCAAGAGUGCUAGAGGACGAACAGACUGCUGUGUUCGUCAUGGUGGGGGCAAAAGAUGUCAAUUUGCUGGCUGCAGCAAGAGUGCACAGGGGAGCACUGAUUUUUGCAAGGCUCAUGGGGGAGGCAAGCGUUGCUUAUGGGGCCAACUAGGCUCUGACCUUGGUGCAGGCAGUUCUCCUUGCGAGCGCUUUUCAAGGGGUAAGAAUGGACUGUGUGUUGCACAUAAUGCUCUGGUGGAAGACAGCCGGGUACGUGGCGGUGAGACACUUGGUGCUAUGGGUUCAUCAGGAUCUGUUAUGAACAGCACUGGAACCAUGGAGAGUGGGGCAUUCGAUUCUUCCAAUUUUGGUGAAGGUACCAGCAAUGUUGCGCAUCCUGCUGAGGCUCUUGGUCACACACUAAUCUCUGCUCCAGAGGGGAGGGUACGUGGUGGUAAUAUUAUGGUUAUGCUUUCUACUGGGAUGAAUAUUGGAAAGCAAUUAAGCUGCAAUAUGGAUGCAAGCACUUCUACUGGCAAUUGGCUGUAGCAUGUAAAACACCAAUCCUGUUCAAUUGGCUUUGCUUAUGUCAACUGAAAAUAACCUUCGGUUCUUUCCAUUCUGUAUCUAGGAGUCAGGCAUGUUGAUAACAUAGCGUUUAUGUUUUAUAGGGGACUUGCGUGUUUUGUUGUAGUUUUAGGUAUCUUGUGUGAUAAAUAACCAGGGAAAGUACUGUAAUAUAUAUUAGCACUUAAGUGUGAUAUUAAAGUUGUUGCUUGGAAAUGUAAGAAUAAUCUUUGAGAUGUGUAUGUUUCUUGUUCUAUUUGAGUACAAGACUAGAGUUGUGCUACUGUCAAUGCAUGUGUGAACUGUUUGAACACUUAUGAUAUGUUCUUAAUGUUCUUUGUA